AUGGGAGCCACAGAUGACUUUAGGGACAGCGCUCAUACGUUCGAUAUGAAUUGGGAUUUGGAUCAAAGUCACCCAAUAGUUAUAUGUUUUCCAUUGAUAGUUUCUCCCAACGCCGCAGCCCUUAACGAUACCAUUUCUCAGGUUGGCGUCGGCUAUAGAUUGCUUCCAAAGAGACAUGUCCAUUUGACACCCACUAUGCAAAUGCACUGGCCUCUCCGUAGUCAUGGAAAUACGCCAGCCACAGUCAUAUCGGCAACCGAUCCUACAGCCUCUCGCGAUCUGGUCUCAUCUAUAGCCUCCAAGAUCCUAUACCCCUCCCAUGGCGGACGGGGUCAUCAAGUCGAGCGGUCCUCGUUCGGCCUGCGACCGCUGUCGAGGCCAGAAGCUGCGAUGCAUCUGGGAAAAACCGCUCGCAGCAAUGUCGCCGCUGUGACCGGGCCAAAGCCGUAUGCACCAUUCCGCGAGCUCAUGCCAUGGGUCGUCCACCGCGUCAAUGUACCAGCGCACCAAGACCACGACGACCCGUACCAGCACGACCGGAAAGAGAAUUACUCGGCACAAUAG